AUGAGAUUAUCACAGACCGCUCCAUUAAUACCUUUCUUUGUAAAAGUAUGAGAGGUGGAACAAGGCAAAAAGUCCCGAUCACUAUCGAAAGUUUUUUUGCAAUUUUUCUGCAUGCGAAAUUUUCUAGGCAGUUCUGUGCAUGAGGAAUGGGAUUUGUGAUGCAAAAAUACGCAGAAAUGAUGACUGUUGGUUCGGCGUCUCGAGCGCAUAAGUAUUGCCUUGCAAAAAUCAAGCAGGACAGUUGCAGCUUGUGACGGGCUUUUUUCUGUGCAUAUGGACCACUGGCUGCGUUUUGUAAUUCAUCCAGCACUUCUGAACACGAAGAUUACAAUUCGCGACUCGCGGACGAACCUGUAUCGAACAGAAAAACUUGGCUUGCUACACAAUCACGCAUGUUUCUUAGGAUAAUGAAAUUUGUCCAGCACAAUGAAAUAGUAAUCUUGAGCCUAGUUGAUGAGAGUCCUCCUGCUCACGUCGUUGGUCCCUGUUGCAGAGUAGUCGGGUCUUGCUGUUUUCUUGCGCCUUGUCAUGCGUUGUGCCGAGAACUGUGGUCAUGCGGAAGGAGUGCUUAUCACAUCACGAUAGCAAGAGCAUGCUCGGAACGUAGCAAUGCCAGGUUUUUUCGUUCGAUAACCGUGAAUUUGUACGUAACAAAUCUCACAACUUACUACCACCUCGUAUGCUGGUAUCAAACUGUGAAAAAGAUGUUUACGUUCUCGACGUCCUUACGGGUGGUUUUUUUGUGAUGCGAAUUGGGGGCAUGAGUAUGAAAAUGAAAUUCAAGAAACAACUCCUGACUAGCUGGUGCAUAUAAUCGCUUGUACUUCCGCGAUUGCUAAGCUCAAACAGUAAAUUUACAAAUCUCUCAUAAACGAGCCGCAAAGAUCUGCCGAACGUAAACAUUUUUUUGCCCCUGCAUAAUUAUCUCACCAAAAUAAAAGAAGCUGCACG